AUGGAAUCGCCGGUGAAGUCACCCAAACCUGGAGGCUGGCGACGUCAAUACCGGAUCCAAACCAAAUCACUCUCAUACAAUCUGCCGACGAGCCGGCUCGCUUUCCACCGGCAAUGCUAUGGCACGGCCGCCAGCGGCAGCAGUUCCAGAGUCAUUCUAAGGGACGUGAGUUGCGAGGCCCAGCCAGGCGAGCUCAUGGCCAUCGUCGGUCCCAGCGGCGCUGGGAAGACUACACUGCUAUCGGUCCUCGCCGGGAUGAUACAUCCCAGCAGAAUCUCGGGUGAGAUCCUCGUGAACGGUCGCCGGAUGGACGUCUCCCGCUACCGGAGGGUCUCCGGGUACGUCACCCAGGACGACGCGCUCUUCCCGCUGCUGACCGUCGAGGAGUGUCUCACCUACAGCGCCCGGCUGAGGCUCCGAGCCACCCGGGGCGAGUCCGCCGCCCGAGUGAGGGAGCUCAUCAGAGAGCUGGGACUGGCCCACGUAGCCCGUUCGAGGGCUGGUGGCAUAUCGGGCGGCGAGAGGCGCCGCGUGUCCAUCGGCGUCGACUUGGUGCACAACCCGGCCGUGCUCCUCCUCGACGAGCCGACGUCCGGUCUGGACUCUGCCUCGGCUCUCCACAUCAUCGCCUUGCUCAAGUCCAUGGCCGUACACCAGGGUAAGACGAUCGUUUUCACCAUACAUCAGCCGGGGUUUCGGAUCCUCGAGCUCAUCGACCAGGUCGUGCUCAUCUCCGGCGGGACCGUCCGGCAUCAGGGAACGAUCGCCCUUCUAGAGAGCCGGCUAAAGGACUCCGGCCAUUGCAUUCCACCCCACGUCAACGUGCUAGAGUUUGCCAUGGAUGCCAUGGCCACUCUGGUAGUAGAAUCCACAACUCCAUCAGAAGAGGUAAUUACUAGACUGCCAAACUCUGGUGCCAAAGAAGACCACAUCUUUUAUGCGAAUUCCCGGUGUGGGGAGGUCAUCAUCCUCACAGAGAGGUUCUUUAGGAAUGUCGUAAGAACCAGGCAGCUGAUUGCAGGUAGAAUGAUCCAAUCGGUGGCGGCCGGUUUCGGGCUCGGAACGAUAUUUAUGAAUGUAACCAACCUGCAAGCCAGGGUGGGGUUCUUUGCCUUCAGCCUCACCUUCCUUCUGUCCUCGACGACAGAAGGGCUGCCCAUCUUCUUGCAGGAAAGGAGGAUCCUUGAAAGAGAGACCUCAAGAGGGGCCUACAGGGUUUCUUCCUACGUGAUAGCCAAUGCCCUUGUCUUCGUGCCUUUCCUUCUAUCGGCUGCACUUCUCUACACCACUCCAGUGUAUUGGUUGGUGGGUCUCAGGAGGGAAAUGGAUGGGUUUCUCUACUUCUCUUUGGUGGUGUGGAUGGUGAUGCUGAUGGCCAACUCAUUCGUCGCAUGCUUCAGUGCCCUUGUGCCUAAUUUCAUUAUGGGGAACUCGGUGAUUUCCGGUCUCAUGGGCUCGUUCUUCCUCUUCUCAGGCUAUUUCAUAGCGAAGAAGAGCAUACCCAGGUAUUGGAUCUUCAUGCACUACUUGAGCUUAUUUAAGUAUCCAUUCGAGGCUUUCGUCGUCAAUGAGUAUGGUGGGCAAAGGGGGAGGCAGGCAUGCUUGGAUAGAGAGGAACAGGGAUGUGUUCUUGAUGGAGGAAUGUUCUUGAGGCAGCAAGGGUUGGAAGAGUCUCAGAGGUGGAGCAAUCUAGGGGUGAUGCUGAGUUUCAUUUGUGGAUAUAGAAUCCUCUGUUUUGUGUUCCUCUGGUUUAGAUGUUACAGAAUGAGAAAAUAA